CGACGAUUGACAAAAUCAUUUCACUCAUCCUCCGAUCUUGCUCGGGAAGCUCUCUUGCCAUCCUGAAUCCUGUUCUCCGGUCGAUCCAGUCCAUCCGUGUCUUCCUAGUUGUUGGUGUGGUUGGGAUCUGACAAGCCAAUCAAAAUGGUCGUCCUAGCUGCUUCCAUCGUGAAUAAAUCUGGAAAAGUGCUUGUGUCCAGACAAUUUGUGGACAUGUCUCGCAUCAGAAUUGAAGGUCUACUUGCAGCCUUUCCAAAACUGGUUGGCACUGGCAAGCAGCAUACAUAUGUCGAGACUGAGAAUGUCAGAUAUGUUUAUCAGCCUAUUGAAGCCUUGUUCUUGCUUCUUGUCACAACUAAGCAGAGCAACAUUCUAGAAGAUUUGGACACUUUGAGGAUGCUCUCCAAACUUGUACCUGAGUAUUCCAUGUCUCUAGAUGAGGAAGGUAUUGGCAGUGCUGCCUUUGAGCUGAUAUUUGCCUUCGAUGAAGUCAUUUCUCUUGGGCACAGGGAGGGUGUCACAGUUGCUCAGGUUAAGCAGUACUGUGAGAUGGAGAGUCAUGAGGAGAAAUUGCACAAACUGGUAAUGCAGAGCAAAAUCAAUGAGACUAGAGAUGUGAUGAAGCGUAAGGCUAGUGAGAUUGACAAGAGCAAGAUCGAGAAGAAUAAAGGUGAUAAGGGAGGGUUUAUGUCUUUGAGUUCAAUGGGAUCUGGAAGGCUUGAAAGCAGUUUCAGUGACAUGAGCAUUUCCAGCGGUGGCGGUGGUGGUUUUGGAAGUGGCUCUGGUUUUGGCAUGAUCCCAGACGUUGAGCCUACUGGUACCAAAGCUAAAGAUCGCCCUCGGUCUUCUGCUGUUGCUCCUUCCAAGGGUCACGGCAUGCAACUUGGCAAGUCCAAGAGGGCGAGCCAGAUGAUGGAAUCACUUAAAGCAGAAGGCGAAGUCAUUGUUGAAGAUGUUCAGCCUAUAAUAGGCCAGUCCAAAGCAGCUGCCCCUCCUCCAACUGAUCCGUUCACAUUGAGUGUUGAAGAGAAGCUCAAUGUCACUUUGAGACGGGAUGGUGGAAUCAGUAACUUUGAUGCUCAAGGCACCUUGUCGCUUCAAAUCCUUAACCAAGAAGACGGACUUGUCCAAGUUCAGAUCGAAACCGGCGGAAAUCCUGGCAUCCUCUUCAAGACCCAUCCCAACAUAAACAGAGAAUUGUUUGCUAAUGAGAAUAUUCUAGGUCUGAAGGACCCUAACCGGCCAUUCCCCACAGGUCAAGGAGGAGAUGGUGUCGGUCUUUUGAGGUGGAGAAUGCAAGGAGCUGAUGAAUCAAUGGUACCACUAACAAUCAACUGCUGGCCCUCGGUCUCUGGAAACGAGACCUAUGUCAGCAUCGAGUAUGAAGCCUCGUCCAUGUUUGAUCUACGGAAUGUUAUUAUAUCGGUACCUCUUCCUGCUCUCCGUGAGGCACCCAACGUCAAACAAAUCGACGGGGAAUGGAGGUACGACUCACGAAAUUCUGUUCUGGAGUGGUCAAUUCUGCUCAUCGACAACUCUAACCGCAGCGGGUCGAUGGAGUUCGUGGUGCCGCCAGUUGAUUCAUCAGUGUUCUUCCCCAUUUCAGUCAGGUUCACAGCAACCAGUACUUACAGCGACUUGAGGGUGAUGGGGAUCAUCCCGCUGAGAGGAGGUGCACCUCCAAAGUUCGGGCAGAGGACGCAGCUUACGACAGAGAAUUACCAGGUCGUAUGAGCAUGGCAGAUUCGAAAGAGAGAGAACGUUCCUUAUCUACCUUUGGCCCUUUCACGAACUUGGCAUUUCAGGCUUUGAAUUGCCUUUGGUGUUUUUGUAUCCAGAUUUUCAGAUGUCUUUGGGUUAUUUUCCAGGAAACAUAUUAUGUAUAUUUUUGGAUGGAGAAGGAAGUUAAAGACUGGUGAUUCUGUGUUGU